GCCGCGACCGGAAGUACACGUCAAAGGGACACAACUCCGUUGCAGACGGCAAACUGUGUUCGGUAAAAAAAACUAGAAAAUUUGGCUUAUAAUGCGGACCAGAGGUUCAUCAGAGGUGCACCUGGUAACAGGAGGUUGUGGAUACCCAGGCUAUCAUCUGGGAAAGAAGCUUGUAGAGAAUGGUCAUCAAGUUGUUCUCUUUGAUCUUAUUCAACUUGAGUGGCCGUUACUAAAUGGGAUGACUGUUAUACAGGGCAGUAUUACAAAUUUAGAUGAAGUUGAAGAGGCCUUCAAGGGAGUUAACUGUGUAUACCACAUGGCAUCAUAUGGGAUGUCAGGGAGAGAACAGUUGAACAAAAAAUUAAUUGAAGCUGUGAAUAUUGGAGGAACAGAAAAUGUGAUAAAAGCAUGCAUGAAGAAUAAAAUCACCAGACUUGUGUAUACCAGUACCUACAAUGUUAUAUUUGGUGGACAGGAGAUUAAAGAUGGAGAUGAUAGAUUACCUUACUUACCUCUAAAUCAGCACCCUGAUCACUAUUCCAGAACAAAAAGUAUAGCCGAGAAGAAAGUAUUAGCUGCUAACGGUACUGAUGGUUUAUGUACAUGUGCCCUGAGAUUAGCAGGAGUUUAUGGACCUGGAGAAAAAAGACAUAUACCUAGAACUUUGGGUUAUGUGGAACAAGGUCUUAUGAUAAUGACAUAUGGAGGUGGAACUUUACAGGACUUUCUACAUGUAGAUAAUUUGGUUCAGGGACAUAUACUGGCUGGUCAAGCACUGUCUGCAGACAGAGAAUGCAUAGCUAAAGGACAAGCAUAUUUUCUCUCUGAUGGUGCUCCAGUUAAUACUUUUGAAUUUUUCAGACCAUUAUUUGAGGGAUUAGGAUACAAAAUGCCCAAAAUGACAUUGCCUGUAUCAGUAGUAUACUUCAUAGCUUUCCUUACAGAAUGGAUCCAUUACUUUGUAGCCAGAGCUUAUAAUUUCCAACCUUUGCUCACCAGGACUGAAGUGUUCAAGACUGGAGUGACACAUUAUUUCAGCAUAGAGAAAGCCAGGAAACACCUGGGCUACAAUCCAACAAAACAGAAUGAUAUAUCAGAGGUUCUCAAAUUUUAUUUAGAUUCAGGACAUCAUAAAAUAAGAAAAGAAAAAAGUCCUUUUUAUGAUUUUAUAUGGAAUGUUAUUUUAUUUUGUAUAUUUGUAUGUUUAAUAAUGUCAUUUUUACCAUCAGUAAAAUAGUUGAACUAUG